AUAACUGAAAGAAGAAAAGUAUAGAGAGGUGAAGCUCGAUUGGUUGUGGUGGUGGGAAAGAGAAAGUGAAGAUAUAAAGAGAAAGAUAAGACAGAUGGAGGAGCCUGGGAGAGCGCACAUGCACGCACACACUCUAGAUGGCGCUGUUCACUUUAAAAUCAGUUCAGUUCCUCUGGGCCUCAGUCAGUGCUGCAUUAUGUUACUGCAGUCACCUCCAGCAGUAAGCUAAUAAUCCUCAUGUUCUCUGUAAGAACGCUCAUGUCGGGUGUGUGUGUGUGUGGGCGGGAAAUUGGUAAUCGUUACUUAAGUAAAUUAACUAGUUUAUAACACGGAAACUGAACGCUAACUUCCCAAGCAACCUUUUUCAAUGACCAGUUAAGAACCCCCAAAUGUUUUUAUUAAAAAACAGAAAGCAAAAACAAUAAUUAAGCAAACUGUGGAAUUACUAGAUUCGCAUGUAGGUAGAUGCUGUAGAUAGAUACUCUUAUAUUUCUUUUAAAACAAAGAAAAGCGUCCUGGUAAUGUAUCUAACAAUAUUCAAAUGUCAAUCAAUCGAUCAGUAAAUCAGGUAACUAAUAACUGGGUUGGAGUUCAAGUCACAACAAGAAUUUCUGGCGAAUGGAGGCAUAAAAAUGAUGGACAUUUACAAAAGACUUCAAGCACAGUAAACAUCUGAGCAGUGCGAACAUUUUAAAGCAGAAGUCAUCAGCCAGUAGAUCACCUAAAUCUUGAAAAUCAACAUCGCCAACUUGAGGAAGAAAGAGAUGCACCUGUCUGUGGGAACUGUACACACAAUCAUUCACCUACACCACUUGCACAUUACAGGAACUUGGCUGGGAGUUAUUGUCACCUCAUCUGUAGAGUCCUGACCUUGCUCCAGUCAGUUCCUUCGAGGCCUGGAAUACAAAAAAUGAUGAAAUACAAUAUUUAGAAAUAACACUAAUAACUUGCUAAAACAAAAAUUGGUAUUUCUUAAUGUACACUGAUCAGCUAUAACAUUUAAACCACUAUCAUUAAGACCCCUUUGGGCACCGGGCAGCUCAGUGUAGGUCCCUCUGGACACCCAGGACAUGAUUCCACAAGGCCUCAGGGGGUGUGCUGUGGUGUCUGCCACCAGGAAGUUGGCAUGCUUUGGACCUCCAUCCCAUGAGAUAAGUGCUGAAUCAGAUUGGGAUCUGGAAAGUUUGGAGGCCAGGUCUUUGGCCCAGUGCAUGGAAAGCUGUGGUGCCCAUGGUGUUCUGGUGCUUUUCUGUCAUGACCAGCGCUGACUUUUUUGUAGGAUUGGACCAGACAGAUGGCUUUUGGUCCUCGUGGGCAUGGGUGAGCCUUGGGUGCCCAUGAUCCUUCCACCAGUUUACUGAAACAAUGUUAUUCAUUUGUCCGUGAUCAUAAUGUUGUGGCUGAUCAGUGUAUAUUAAAAAAAAUAACUAAACCUCAGAGAAGUGGCAUCGUAUGACACUUAGAAUCUGGAUCUGUGUCAUGAAUGACAACAAAAAAAAUGCUAUAGUAUACAAUGAUCAGACAUUAUGACAACCAAUAGGUGAAGUGAAUAACAUCGAGAAGUUGUUGGGGUAUAUUAGGUAACAAGUGAACAUCAUGUCCCUGAAAUUGGAAGCAAAAAAAAAAUGGAUAAGGAUUUGGCCAAGUUGUGAUGUAUAGAUGACUGGGUUAGUUUGACUCCAAAACAGUUGCUCUUGUAGUGGUCAGGAAAUGUAAUAAGUGUUCCAUGGAAGUCAAACCGGUGAUCCAUGAGAAGGUCAGGGGUGGCCAAGGCUCAUGCACAUGGUGAGUAAAGGCUGGCCCGUGGAGUCAGAUCCAAUAGAAGAGCUACUGUAGCUCAAUUUGCUAAAAAUAGUAAAUACUAAUUCUAAUAAAAAUGAGUGAGAACACAGUGCAUUUCAGUUUAUUGUGUAUGGAGCCUCGUAGCUGUUGACUGGUUAGGUUCCCCAUGCUGAUCCGUGCCUACUGCCAAAAGCUUCUGGAAUAGACACAUGAGCAUCAGAACUGGACCAUAUAGCAGUGAAAGAAGGUGCCUGGUUCUAAGAAAUCAUAUUUUGCUUUACAACAUGUUGCUGGCUGGGAUGGCCAUAUAUGUGUGUCGCUUAUCUGGGGAAGAGAUGGUGCCAGGUGGCACUAUGAGAAAAGGGCAAGCUGGCAAAGCCAGUGUGAUGCUCUGGGCGAUGUUCUGCUGGGAAUCCUUGGGUUCUGCAACUUAUAUGGAUGUUACUUUGACAUGUCCCACCUACCCUAACAUUGCUGCAGACCAAGUAUCAUGGAUAUGGUGUUCCCUAAUGGCUGUGUCCUCUUUCAGCAGGAUAAUCCACCCUGACAGACUGUUCAGGAAUGGUUUGAGGAGCAUGACAAAUGGCAAUCUCAAUCCGAUCGAUCGUCUGUGAGAUGUACUGAAAAAACUAAUUGGAACCAUGGAGGCUCCACCUUACAACUUAUAGGAUGUAAAGGAUCUUCUACUGAAGGCUUGGUACCAGAUUCCAGAAGUUUUUAAAAUCAAUAUCAAUAUUUUUCACCUUAAAAUCUUGAAAGAAUUUUUAGCUUUCAAAUAAACAAACCGGGCUGAACUAAAUUCCGGCUAAUUUGCACGUACUUUCGGUAGCCUAUGAAAACUUCUUUGCAUCAGUGGAAUGCUAAGCGAAACAAGUUAACUUUUUUUUGAGGUUUUUUUUUUUUUUAUCAUGUGUAAGAUUUAGUGAAGACAUAGCACCAUGGUUUCAAAAAUGUUAUCAAGGACUCUAGCAAGAAGAAAAGGGGGCCGUUCGGUUUUUAAAGCAGCUGGUGCCAAGAGGAAUCAUAAGUUAAGCUUACGUGAGGUUUAAUAUCUAUUUAUUGCAUAUUUUACUUUAUUUACGUCUUUUCUAGAUGUUUUGAUAGUUUUAUAUGCAAAAAUAUGAAUAUAGUGUUAGAAAUUGUUAAUAUUGGUACUAUUUUUGGAAGGCUGGAACGAAUUAUCUGCAUUUACAUUCUUUCCUAUAGGAAAAGGCAUUUUGCAAUACGAAAUUUCACCUUAAAAACUCGCCUCCGGGAACGGAGAUGACACAUAAUUUGUCAAAUGUAGACGAAUGAACAAACUAACAAACGCAAUGUGAUAUGUUUUAAUUAGUUUAUUACUUAAAAUGUUUAUGAGCUAGGUUGCACAGUGUCCAGGGUCCGUGUUCUAUUCCCACCUUGGGUCUGUUUGCAUGUUCUCCUCAUGCUUGGUGGGUUUCCUCUGGGUAUUCUGGUUUCCUCCCACAGUCCAAAGACUUGCAGAUUAGGAUGAUUGGUGUUCCCCAAUUGCGUGUAGGUAUAAAUGAGCAUGUGUGUGUGUGUGUCCUGCGAUGGAAUGGCACCCUGUCAAUGGCCUGCCUCGUGCCCUAAGUCUGCUGGGAUAGGUUUCAGGCCCCUGCAACCCUGUAUACAGGACAGGCAAUAAGUGAGUGAGUGGAUAUGAGUUAAAAAUGAGUAUCAGAUGAUAGUGCUACAUUUGUCAGAUGUAAACAAACACACAAAGUCAUGGUAGUUAUAAACUUAAACCAACUCAAUAUCAAAGAGACACCUUUAAAACAAAAACACCCCCAACGUCAAACAUAUACUCAAAAAAUAAUUUAAUGAGCGUGGUUUGUGCCAAUCAUUGGGCGUGACUUGUCCUGUUGAGCCCGCCCCUUUUGUACAAUCCGGGCGGUGUGUGGGCGGGGUUAGAGCGGUGCUGAGUUCAGUGGAGAGCGCUGAUGAUGAUGAUGAUGGUGGUGGUGGUGGUGAUGAUGAUGAUGUGAUGGUCCGCGCGCGCAGCUCCGCACUCUGGAGGAAGGAACGGGUUGUAAGAGAGAGAAAGAGUGUGUGUGUGUGUGUGUGUGUUUGUUCUUUUAUCUUUUUCCUAAUCAUCGAGUUUAGACAGAAGUGAAGAAGCAAAAAAAAAAAAAAAGAGGAAAAAGAAGGAUCAGGAGCGAGAAGAGGAGAGAGAGAGAGAGAGAGUCAGUGUGUGUGUGUGUGUGUGUGUGUGAGCGGACCGAGCCCGGGAUUAGAGCCUCACGCACCGACCAUGUGAGCGCGCGCGCGGACAGGAUGGCUGUCCAGAUGGAGCUCGCGCUCUUCCCGCGCUGCGUCCUGCUCCUCCUCGCGCUCUUCCCGCUCCGCGCGAGCGCCGCGCACACAGUGUGUGAGGGCACCGAUAACAAGCUCAGCACCCUGUCAGAUCUGGACCAGCACUACUACACCCUGCGCAAGUCCUACGAGAACUGUGAGGUGAUAAUGGGAAACCUGGAGAUCACCAGUAUCGAGCGGAACCGCAACCUCAACUUUCUCAAGUCAAUCCGUGAGGUGACUGGUUACGUCCUGGUGGCUCUGAACCAGUUCGACUAUCUGCCUCUGGAGAACCUGCGCAUCAUCCGCGGUGCCAAGCUGUACGAAGGCCGUUACGCUCUGGCCAUCUUCCUUAACUACAGGAGAGACGAAUACGCCGGACUGCGUCAACUCGGACUCAACAACCUCACAGAGAUCCUGAACGGCGGUGUGUAUGUGGAUCAGAACAAGUUCCUGUGCCACACGGACACCAUCCACUGGCAGGACAUCAUGAGGAACCCUCGCGCUGAGCUUCUGGUGGUGCCGUCCAACAACAGCGGCUUUACAUGUAAACGCUGCCAUCGCUACUGUAACGGACGGUGUUGGGGUCCGUAUGAGGAUCAGUGCCAGAUCUUAACGAAGACGGUGUGUGCUGAGCAGUGUGACAGUCGCUGCUUCGGUCCGUACGUCAGUGACUGCUGUCACCGCGAGUGUGCCGGAGGCUGUUCGGGACCAAAACACACCGACUGCUUCGCCUGUACGAACUUUAACGACAGUGGAGCGUGUGUAACCCAAUGUCCACAGCCUUUUAUUUACAACUCCACGAGUUUCCAGUUAGAGCACAAUCCCAAUGCCAAAUACACGUACGGAGCGUUCUGUGUCAAAAAAUGUCCAUAUAACUUUGUAGUGGAUCACAGUUCCUGUGUUCGAGCCUGUCCAAGUAACAAGAUGGAGGUUGAGGAGAACAACAUCAGGAUGUGUGUCCCCUGUACUGACAUCUGUCCUAAAGUGUGUGAUGGAAUAGGGACGGGCAGUUUACACAUGGCCCAGACCGUCGACUCGAGCAACAUUGACAAAUUCAUCAACUGCACGAAAAUCAACGGCAACCUGAUUUUCCUUAUCACUGGAAUUAAAGGAGACAUGUACCAUGGUACCGCGGCACUGGACCCUGACCGUCUGAAUGUCUUCCGCACUGUCAAAGAGAUCACAGGUUAUUUGAAUAUCCAAUCGUGGCCGGAAAACAUGACUGAUUUCGGUGUCUUUUCGAAUCUCGCUACUAUCGGAGGAAGGACGCUAUACAGUGGGAUCUCUUUGCUGAUCCUGAAACAGCGCUGGAUCACAUCACUGAGCUUCCAGUCUCUGCAGGAGAUCAGCGCCGGGAACGUGUACAUCAGCAACAACAGCCAGCUGUGCUUCUAUCACACUCUGAACUGGACCAGGUUUUUCCGCUCCGGCAGUCAGAGAGCGCUGCUGAACAACAACAAGGACACGCAGCAGUGCAUUGCAGAACACCGUGUGUGUGAUACGCUGUGUUCAGAAGCUGGAUGUUGGGGUCCUGGUCCUGACCAGUGUGUGUCCUGUAGGUACUACAGUCGCGGGAGGACGUGUGUCAAGUCCUGCAACCUCUACCAUGGGGAUGUCCGGGAGUUCAUCAACGGCUCAGCGUGCAUGGAGUGCGAUAGGCAGUGUGAGAAAGCUGCAGAUAAAACGCCGACGUGCCGCGGACCAGGUCCCGAUCACUGUACCAAGUGUGUUCAUCUUAAAGACGGACCCAACUGCGUGGAGAAAUGUCCGAACGGCCUGCAGGGAGCCGAGAGCUUCAUCUUCAAAUAUGCCGAAGCCAACAACGUGUGCCGACCCUGCCACCCCAACUGCACCCAGGGGUGUACUGGAUCCCAUGUCCAGGACUGCAUUGGAUUUCUGGACAGCACUCCAUUGAUUGUAGCAGGAAUGAUAGUUGGAGUGUUUCUGGUCAUCAUAAUUGCCCUCGGCUUGGCCAUUUUUGUCAGACGCAGGAAAAUCAAGAAGAAAAGAGCUUUGCGUCGCUUCCUGGACACUGAGCUCCUGGAGCCUCUUACAGCCAGUGGAUCAGCACUGAAUCAGGCUCAGCUGCGCUUACUAAAGGAAACUGAACUCAAAAGAACUAAAAUUCUGGGAUCCGGAACCUUCGGUACUGUCUACAAGGGAAUCUGGAUACCUGAAGGGGAGAGUGUAAAAAUCCCAGUGGCCGUAAAAGUCCUCAGUGAAACUACAGGACCGAAAGCCAAUGCAAAGUUUAUGGAUAUGGUGCUAUUGAUGUCCAGCAUGGAUCACCCCCAUGUGGUGCGAUUGCUUGGGGUGUGUAUGAGCCCUAGUGUUCAGCUAGUGACCCAGCUCAUGCCCCAUGGCUGUCUGUUGGACUACGUCCAUGAGCACAAGGACAACAUCGGUUCUCAGCUGCUGCUCAACUGGUGUAUGCAGAUUGCCAGAGGUAUGAUGUACUUGGAGGAGAGAAGGUUGGUUCAUCGAAACUUAGCUGCUCGAAAUAUCUUGGUAAAAUCUCCAAACCACGUCAAGGUCACUGACUUUGGGCUUGCUCACCUCUUGGAUACUGAUGAGAAGCCGUUUAACGCCGAUGGAAACAAGUGGAUGGCACUGGAGUGCAUACAGUAUAGAAGAUUUACACACCAGAGUGAUGUCUGGAGCUUUGGAGUGACAAUCUGGGAGAUGUUGAUGUUUGGAGGAAAGCCAUAUGAUGGGAUUCCUGCUCAUGAGAUCCCGGAUAUCCUGGAGAAAGGAGAACGUCUGCCUCAACCUCCUAUAUGCACUAUAGAUGUCUACAUUGUUAUGAUUAAAUGCUGGAUGAUCGAUGCUGACAGUCGGCCCAGGUUUAAAGAGCUUGCUGUAGAGUUCUGCAGGAUGGCUAGAGACCCUCAGAGAUAUCUAGUCAUUCAGGGGGACGACUGCAUGAAGCUGCCCAGUCCCAACCACAGCAAAUUCUUCCAGAGUCUUCUAGAGGAAGAUGACUGGGAAGAAAUUUUGGAUGCUGAAGAAUUUUUGGGACCUCAAGCCUCUUCAUUGAGAACGCAAAACCAUUUUCACAAUAACGAUGGACCACGUAGCCCAAAGAAAGCCGCAGGAGGACGUUCCCAUAUCUCAUUCAGCUCAACUGGAAGCCAGCAUGUGGCUCUCAGCUCGCAGGAUGUUGAGAAAAAUGUGAAAAAGCACCCCAGUUCUGGAUUUGUGGAGAGCAGCGUUGUUGAGUGCUACAGUGCAGAUCCUACGAACUUCCUGCCAGAGAGAGCGCAGCGGGGGGAAACUGAUGAGGAUGGAUAUGUGGCUCUUAGAAAGGACAAGGGCACAUCAGAUCAUCAGAAUGCUGUUGAAGAAAACCCUUUUGUGACGUUGAGAAAAAAUGUUGAAAUUCUGCCACUGGAGAACCCAGCAUACCACAGCACAUUUGAUGGACCUACUAAGGUUGACGAGAAGUACAAUAAUGAACCUGUUUAUCUCAAUACCUUCCACAACAAAGGCAAUAUAAAUAAAGCGAUACUGAAGAAAAAUGAAGUUUCUGGCCCAUUACAGUUCACAACAGCAGCCGGCACGACUGUCAGUCAUGUGCCACUAACCGCACAGACAAAAGAAGGUAGAUCACAUUACAGCAGCCAAGGACCACACGUUCAUUUUUCAAUUCCACCAGUACAUCAUCCUCAAAGUGAACCUAUGAGCCACAAUGUCCAUCAUAAACAUUCUUUCCAUGGGUUCCAUGUAAAUCCCAGCAAAUCUGUAUCCUCAAAUCAGCCUUGCCUCAUCAACCACCAAGGGCAGCCUGGUCCUCUAGAUCCACUUGCCCAUACUGCAAAAUCCAUAGCUGCAGGUAAAAGUGGGCACUCAGGUCAUCCGAUCCCCUCAGGCAGCAUUACUCAGCAAGUUCAUCCCGGAAUGAUGCUGGUGGACAAGAAGUACUGGAAGACUUUUGACAACCCAGAGUACUGGCAACAUAGUCUUCCGCUCAAAGUAUCCCAAGCGAACCUUCAUAGCUCGUCCCAGAGCUGCCAUUCAAGCCUGUACAGGCAAAGUCUGAACAAGCAGAACGGUUCUGUCCGGUCUAGUGUUAACAAGAACCCUGAGUAUGCUCCAGAGGCUGAAGCCAUGAGGCCAGGUACGAGUUUGCCUCCUCCACCAUACCGCCAGAGAAACACUGUAGUUUAACAUCAAAGUCAUCCAUGUUUCCCAGAGCCUGAUUCCAUGACCAGCAGGCCAUACUUUUCCACCCAUUUCUGAAUGAUAAUAUUCCUGAUUUACAAACUUUACAAUAUCCAUUUCGAUAUCAGUGGGUCAGUCAGUUCCAGGUCAGUCAGGUAUCAUUCCAAAAAUACUGCCUUCCUUCCAGUCACUCUUUAUAAGUUAAGUGUUUAGCAGUCUUGUCUAGGUUAAUGAUUCUUUAUUUCUGGUGUUAAUUACGACACAGUAAACCUAACAAAAAGGCAAGAAUAGACCUUUGAAACUGGAUGUCCGUUGCCAAGAAACAGACUGGACUUUUUUGUUUUUUUAAGGUUGCGAACAUCAUUGGCAAAACUAGCAUGUUCAAGAGCAAAGAGGAAUAUUAGCCCAAUGUGAGAAAUCUUCAUUUACUCUCCGUGAGAGUGUGUCCAAAGUGCCAUAUUGACUCAUUUACGGAUGUGUUUUUCAUAUUUAAUGCUCUUCUUGCAUGUUAUGCUACAUUUACACUCAUCAUGGUUUGUAGGUUGCUAGAUUUUAUUCUGAGCAAACCAGAACAUCUUUCAGACAUGGCGUGGAUGCUUGUUGCCCUUUAGGGAAAAUGAAGUCACACACAGCCAUUGGAAGACAUGGAUAAACAUGGUUGUGUUUGAUAAUGUAUUAACUUACCAUUUUUACAGCUUCUUUUACACUUCUAUAAAUACAUACAUGUUAUUUAA